AUGGCGGUGCAACAAACUUAUUAUGUAGCGGUCGUUGGCUACGGGCUGUCAGCCAAACUUUUCCACAUCCCAUUCAUCCGUGCCCACAGCAGAUUCAAGUUUGAGGCACUGGUCGAUCGACGAGCGACCUCUCCAUCAUCAGCUACAACCCCAGAGUUGAAUGGUGUCAAUAUCUUCAGUUCUCUCAGCGAGUUGCUUGAGAAUGGAGAAUUUGACGUUGCUGUGCUGUGUACACCCCCGUGGACGCACUACGAGCUUGCCGUGCCUUUGAUUACGAGUGGAAAACAUGUGGUUUUGGAGAAACCUGCAACACCGACAGCAGAGGAGGCAAAAGAGUUGCAAAGACUGGCCGCGAAGCAUCAAGUCCGCUUGGCCGUUUACCAGAAUCGACGCUGGGAUAACGAUUUCCUCACGGUUCGCGAACUCAUCAAGCAAGGCACUCUAGGAGCCAUCGUUGAGUUCGAGACACACUUCGACCGCUUCUGCCCCGACGUCGCACCGGGUUCGAUCGCGGAGUCCAAACCGGGCACAGGAAUCGUAUAUGAUCUCGGCGUGCACCUCAUUGAUCAAGUGUACUGCUUAUGGGGCAUGCCUGAUCGAGUCACCGCGUUUGUAGACCAUUUGCGGGAUCCAAGAACGCAGGACAUGUGCACUCUGUUGCUGCACUUCUCCAAGAGAUUGGUGACGAUCAAGGCAACAACACAUAGCGCGGAGCAGGUGCAGCUGCGGUUUUGGCUCAGAGGUGACAAAGGAAGCUUCAAAAAGUACCAUCUUGAUAUCCAGGAGCCACAGCUGGCUGAGGGUAAGAAGCCUACAGAUCCAGAAUUCGGCGUCGAGCCCGAAGACCGUUGUGGCAUCUUGACCUUAAUCGAGAACGGGCACCUGGUCGCGACACAUGUCCCAAAUGUGCCGCCCCAGACAUACUCUGCUUUCUACGACCAACUUGCGCAAGCCCUUCAGGGGCAUGACGCUCCUGAACUCCCCACGAUGGAACAAGCGAUGGAGGUCUUACGUCUGGUCGAGAUGUGCUUGAAGUCUGUUGAGGCAAGAAGAACGAUGGAAUGUCGAUAG